ACGCGUGCGGCCCCUCAGCCCUUAACCGAAGGCUGGACUCCCCUCCCCCCCGGUCUGCAGCUGCUUCUCUGGACAGAGGGAGGGGAAGUGGCCAGAAGGGGAAGUGUGAAGAGUUCCUGUCCAGCCUGUCGCCUGUCACCAGUCUCCUCGGGUCUUGGGAGCAGCCCGUGGUCCGGCUGUGGCCAUGGAGUCGCCAGAGACCCCGGUGAAAGACGGCCUCCUGUACCUGCAGCACGUCAAGUUUGGCAAGAAGUCCUGGCGAAAGGUAUGGGCCCUGCUGUACGCGGGCAGCUCGUCAGGCGUGGCUCGACUGGAGAGCUGGGAGGUCCGGGACGGGGGUCUGGGGCUGACAUGCGACAGGGCCACAGGACCCAGCCGGCGAGGGGAGCGCCGGGUCAUCCGCCUGGCUGACUGUGUGUCCGUGCUGCCCGCCGAUGGCGAGAGCUGCCCCCGGGAUACUGGGGCCUUCCUGCUCACCACCACCGAGCGAAGCCACCUGCUGGCAGCGCAGCACCGCCAGGCGUGGAUGGCCCCCAUCUGCCAGCUGGCCUUCCCGGGCACAGCGGAGCCUUCCUCGGGACCAGGGGAGCUUGCGUCACCUAAGAGAGGCAAUAUCCCCAUGGAGGAAAACUCCAUCUACUCCUCCUGGCAAGAAGUGGAUGAGUUCCCAGUGGUGGUGCAGAGAGGCGAGGCUGCCAUGCGCUGCCAGCUACAGGGCCCCUACGUCCUGGUGCUGGGCCAAGACGCCAUCCAGCUAAAGGGCUCUUCCGGUGCCCAGGCCCUCUACAGCUGGCCCUACCACUUCCUGCGCAAGUUUGGCUCUGACAAGGAUGUGUUCUCCUUCGAGGCCGGGCGCCGCUGUGACUCCGGGGAGGGACUUUUCGCCUUCACCAGCCCUCGCGCUCCUGACCUGGGUAAGGCUGUGGCUGCUGCCAUCGCCCGCCAGCGGGAGAGGCUACCUGAGUUGGCUGGGCCCCGGCCCUGCCCCCUGCCGCGGGCCACCUCCUUGCCCUCCCUGGAUGCCCCAGGAGAGCUCCAGGAGGUCCUGCCAGGGCCCAGGCCGCCCACCUCCAGGAGGGCACACAGGGCCGACCCCGGGCCCCAGAGCCUCCCACUGCUGCUGGGCCCUGAGCCCGAUGAGCCGGCCUCCAGGCUGUAUGCCUCCGUGUGCAAGCGGGCCAGCGGGCCCUCGGAUACCACGGAGCACCUCUACGAGAACAUUUGCUUGCUGGACGCCAGCCCUGGGCUGCCCGAUGCAGGCCCCAAGUCCCUGGAGGGCAGUGGUGGCUGCAGCCCCUCAGCCAGCUCCAUCUACCACAACAGCGAAGACCUGAGCUGGCCCAGCCCGGCCCCGGACGUGAGUCUGGAGACCCAGUACCGCCGGCUGCUGGAGCUGGAACUGGACGAGGCCGGGGGCCCCGGCCGCCCUGGGGCUCAGGCGGGCUUCAAGGCCAAGUUAGUGAUGCUGCUGAGUCGGGAGCGGAGGAAGGGCCCUGCCCCCUGUGACCGGCCCUGAGCGGACACACCCCCACAGUCACUCUGGCCUGCCUGCAGGGACCAGGCAGGGGCACCUGGGAAGCGACUCACCCCUGCCCUUCCUGCCCCUCAUUCAGUGAACACAGUCUCUGAUGAAGCUCGCUGGGGCCGGCUCCCCUGGCUUCCGCCUCGUAGCCUGCAGUCCAGCCACCCUCACUUCAGCUUCCUGGUUGCCUUUCAUGGGUUGCCACGGGCACACAGACCCUCUUGUUCACUGUGGCAAACGCUGGUAGCGCCCUGGGGACAAGGUGAGCUGGGCCUGACCUCUGCUGCCAAUGGCUCAGAUGUACCCGAGCAGCCGGGCAGGGUGCAGACAGGGCCCCAUGUGGCAGGAAUGACAGGACAGCCAGGUGGGGCCCUCAGCAGGGGGUGGGCAGGGUUGGCAAUGAGCAGGCUGUCCAGGCUGAGGAUGGCAUGCAUGGGCCAGAGCCAAUGAGGACUGGACACAGAGGUGCUCUGGGGCAGAGGGGAGAGAGGCAGACAGGAGGGUCUGCGCCUAGCCCUGCAGCCUACUAGGUCUCAUCCUUGGGUGAGGAGCAUGGAUAGACUCAGGAAGCAGCUAUGGGGAGGCUGAAUUUGUGGGCAUGAAACGGGCGAUCAGGAAGCCCAAACUGGGGAGAAGUUGGAAAAAGCUUAAAUCAGGACACGCAGGGCGGGUUAAGCCCCUGCUGGGGACCACGGCAUCCCUUGUCACAGCAGAGUCCCAGUGGCCCUGCUCUCACCCACCUCUCUGCUAACAGCCUGGGAAAGAGCAGAGGAUGGCCCAAGGGCUUGGGUCCCUGCCACCCACCUGGGAGACUCAGAUGGAGUUCCUGGUUCUUGUCUUUGGCCUGGCCCAGACAUGGCUGCUGUGGGCAUUUGGAGAGUAAGCCAGGGCCUGCAGUGCCGGCAUCCCAUGUGGCUGCCGGUUCGAGUCUCCGCUGCUGCACUUCCAAUCCAGCUCUCUGCUAUGGCCUGGGAAAGCAGUAGACAAUAGCCCAAGUCCUUGGGCCCCUGCACCCGUACGGGAGCUCCUGGCUCCUGGCCUCGGAUCAGCACAGCUCUGGCUGUUGUGGCCAACUGGGGAGUAAACCAGCGGAUGGAAGACCUCUCUUUCUCUCUCUCUCUGCCUCUCCUUCUCUCUCUAUGUGACUCUGACUUUCAAAUAAAUAAAUCUUAAAAAAAAAAAAAGUUAUGACACCCAAAACACUUGUUCCUUGCUGCAAUUCAACUCACAGACUUUGGGGGGACCCUCAGGGCUCAGCUUCCUCAAGUGUAAAUUA